AUGAAACUUCUGUUGUCGCCAGUGGAGGAGGACGAUACACAGCUAUCGCCCGAUGAGCUCAAGAAACGCCGCCGCAACGAACGGGACCGAAAACGCAGCUUCGCCAAGAGAGAGACCAUGGAGCAGAUGCGCAAGACUGUGGCAGCGUUGGAACUGCAGAAGCAACAACUCAUGACGCAAGUCUCAGCCAGUUCAGCCCCAGCAAGCAGCAGAACCACCACCACCACUACCACCACUGAGCAAUGUGCAUCGCCGUCGUUCUGGCCAAAUCUUGUCGUGUCGACGUCGCUGUAUCCGUCUUCAUCACCCCCCGUGACGCGGGACGAGUACGUUCAAUUGGCGGCCGAGAUCGAGGAAUUCCGGCGACAGAAUGCUGCAAUGGCUCAGGAAUUGGCCAGGCGUGACCUGUUCAACAACAGUCUUCGCUACCGACUGGCCAGCUUCCCUCCUCUCGAUAGCAGGAGCGGUAUGCAGCCUACCCACUUCACACACGAAGAAGGGAUGGCUUACGUGUGGCAGAUCUUGAAACAAAUUCACGACGCUCGACUGUACUACGCGAGCGAAGAGCGCUUCGAGAAUCGCCCCACGUUCUUCGGCUGGAGCCAAUACGCCGAACAUCAAGGUGACGCUGUCACCUUCUGCGUCAGGAAGCUGCUGCAUAAUGUUACUCCGCAGCAACUAAUGGACCGGACGUGGCAAAUGCACACCAACGGUGACAUCCUCCAGCGACUAGGGCCAUCGCACCUCCACACUCACAUCACGGUGCUACAGAAGAUCUCGGACGACAUUCUGAUCAUCCAUCGACAAACGGAAGACCGGUCUAAUAGCACGGACGGGAGGGGCAGACACGUUGUACUCCGCACGGUGUAUGUGCUUUUCCGCGUCUCUGAUGCCGACGGAACCCAGACGCUGGGUAUCAAGACCUUGGACACACCGGAAGCUGAUCGUGUGCUGCGGAAUGACGAGGAGUGGUGGGAUAUCUUCUACUGGAUUCGUGUGUCUCCUGCUCAACCCGUCACCGGCCAGGACGUCACUACCGUGACGGAAUUCGGCGGUACAAACUCGUGUGUCAGCGAAGACUUGGCGUCCUCGCGACUCAAGGAGCUCCUUUUCCUCGCCAUUCGUUGGGAAACGUUGGCCGUUGCCCCCUUCUUGCUGCAGCACUAG